GUACAGUGAGUUUAGCUAGAUUUAGGUUUACUAAUCUUAAAAUCUAGUCUAACUAAAAUGAUUGUACGUGGGUUGUAGCAGCUAUUUAUUAGAUCUAGGCCUAUUCCAUCUUCUUAAACUUCAAAAAUAAACUAAACGAACAUAGAAUGUCAUCUCUGGGAAAACCUGAUAUAGUUGAGGUGUCAUGGAAAAAGCUCCAUUUAACUCAAGCAGCAAGACAAGCUCUUAUGUCUUCUAUAAAAAUUGCUAUUGUUUUCAUAUUUCUCUUUACAGACAUGUCAUAUUCUGUGUUUUCAAAUCUUUUUUCCUUGGCACAUCCCAUUUUUUGGUUUAUUGAAUUGUCAGUGGCCAUUCUACUGAUAUUCCAGAUUAUAAGUAAUGGAAUGCUACUGCUUAGAUACUUUUGGGUUUAUUUCUUUGGUUCUGUUGUAGAUGUUACAGAAAGUCAGCGGCGCCUAAUGGCUAUUUCUAAGACAGAUAAAAGUUUCCACACCCCUACAAAAUCUUUGUCCAAUUCUCCUUCGACAUCAACACCCCUGAGCUAUAAUCAGUCCUGUAGCUAUAAUGUUGGAGAUAUCUCACCCCAUCGUUUGAAUGCAAGUUUUACAUCACCUCAGUCAGGCAGAUACCACACACCUUUACAACACUCUACAUCAAUGGUGGCCUCAUAUGGAUCACGGCUGAGUUCUUCCUCGUUGCAUAACAGCUAUACCAAUGCCAGCUUUAAUUCCUCUCUUGAUAGGAGUAUGAACCACUCUAGUCUCUCACAGACUUCAAGUCGAUAUGAUAAUGAUAGAAGUAGUCUAAGAUCAAGAAGAUCUUCAUCAGUUCCAAUCAAUCCAAAAUCUUCAAAAUACAAGCGCAUUACUGAUGUGGAUACGUUGCAUCGCUACAUUAAUGAAGAGGAAGAAAAAGAGAAUAACAGAUCACAGGUAUCACCUGAAAGUCCAAGUUCUGGGUUCACAUCUUUUUGGAAUUAUGGACCUUCAAACCCUCUAGAUUUCUCACACAUCCUGCGUCGGUUUACCUACCAACUGUCCCCAAGGUCACCAGCAGCUCCUUCACUUAACAACUCAGUUGACCAGAUCAGCAGUAAAGGUGUUGGAGAGGUUUGGGCAAGCUAUGGGGUCACAGAAGAUGACCUGUAUGUUUGGACAGAGAAACUCAGAAAGUGGCUUAGUUUCACAAUUGUAUCAAGAUUAAACACAGAAAUAGAUGAGCUAAAUGCAGUUUUACAGAAGAUUGGAUGUGAAGACACACAAAUUGGAGAUGUUGGGGUUUCAACUUUAAAGCAACUGGCGCUCACUAAAGGACCCUAUGUGCCAACAUUGAACUCAAUAGUCCCAUACUUAGAAUUCACUGCAAAUCAAGAAUAUUUACGCAGCAGAAUCAGAGAACUUAGUACUGGCAGCAUGAGUGCUUACACCUGGGACAAAGGUGGCAACUAUGGUAAACAGUGGACAGAACACCUGCCUACAGAUGCUGCUUUGGUGAUGCACUUAUUUUGUAGCUACCUUGACUCUCGUCUUCCUGCUCAACCAAGAUAUCCAGAUGGCAAAUCGUUCACAUCACAAAACUUUGUCAAAACACCAGACAAGCCCAGUGUAGAUCGUAAGGAUAACCUGCAGAUUUACCAUAGCAGCAUCAACCCUCCACACUUUCAAGUUGUCAUCGGGUCACAAAUUUAUAAUUUGUCUAAGGGGAGAAACAACAUGUUCCAUUCUAUUCUUCUGUUCCUGUAUCAUAUUAAAAUGAAAGAAAGUGGCAUGCUUGGGCGGAUUAAUCUUGGAAUGUCAGGUUUAAAUAUGUUGUGGAUAUUUGACUGAUGCUGAUUUUUAGAUAUGUAUAUAAAACUGAUGUUUAACUUGCCUUUGAAAUGUUUCAAAUCUAGGCAAAACAAGUUACAUAAGCUGAGUUUUUAAACUAUGAAUAAAGAUAUUAGGAUUUAUUCAUUUUCUUACACAGUAUUAAUUAUAAUCAUUAACUACUAAGAUGGUAUCGGAGAUAUAAUUUAAAAGUUUUUUAAUCAAUCUUAAUAUAGAUUAAGCAGAUUUACUUCAACUUUAAGUUAGUAAUUUUAAUUUGAUUAUUUUACUAUUUUUACUUUUGUUCUCAUCUUUAGCAAAAUAUAUGAUACUGUUAAAAAAUUUUUUGAAUAGGGUUGAAUUUGAUGAUAAAGAUAUAGCUCUCUGAAGAUCAGAUCUCUGCUUAUGUUUAGUAUCUGGACCAUCACAUUGUUUAUACCAUUAAUUUUAAGCCUCUUUUUAAACCAUUGACAAUGCUUAAACUUGUAAAAAUAAUAAAAGUACAAAAUUUUAAA